UUUGUGCUGCUCCUGAAGUAGAUUUGGAGACGUGACGGGGACGCUGCCCGCCGGCGGCAGCGCUGGCAGGGGCGGGUGUCCCGGGCGGGAGGCUGGCAGCUCGGCGGGCCGGCCGGCGCUGCCUCCCGCAGGGCCCGCGCUGAGUCCCGCCUGCUGUCUGCAGGCAUGGAGUAAAUGGUUGUUUAGCAGUUAGCAGCACUGCUAGAAGCAAACCUGUUCUGUCCUUCACGCAACAUGGAAGAAGAAAAAGCCGUGCCUGAUGGUAGAGAGCUUUCAGACCUGGACAAUACAGCAGAAAGUGAACUUGAUCGUUCCACUACAUUUUCUGUGAAAACAGUUUUGGGAUUUACUACUAAAUUUGAAUCUACGACUUCCAAAGAAGAAGCAGUGCUUAAAGCAUUUCAACCUUUGCACACUAAUAUAAAUACUCCUGCUAACACCUGGCAUGAGAGGAAUGAUAAUGAUUGUGAUGACGACUCAGAAAAUCAGCACGGCAUGAAUAGCACUGGUAGCCACGCUGACCCAAUGUCUGGCAGGCAACCUGACCUGGAACUGGAGUUAGCUGAACAGAAAGAAUUACUUCUUCACCAUUUAAGGUUUUUACAGACGUCUUUGUCUGAAUCUGACAAUGACAAGGAUGCUAUUCUCGUGCAAGGUACUUUGGUUCAUACAACAAGUGAUACAGAAUCAGACACGGAGAGUAAGGAUCUAGACACUGAUGAAAACAAAACAAGCGAAACUGGGCUAAAUAAUACUGCUUUGUCUGCUGAGGCUUUGGAUGAUAACAAUCAAAAUAAGGAAGAGACAGAAUCAGAAGGGCACAUCAACAGUGAUGACACUGCGAGUACAGAUGACAUUGAGUUACACCCACCCAUUUCUAAGUGGCUCGCAAAAGAGUUGGAUGGUAUUCUAGAACGUAACUCCAAUGGAAAAGACAAAAUGUUAAUGGAUGAGCAGUUCAGUCGCUUGCUUGCUGCAGGGGAAUGCCCUGAAGAAAUUCCAGAUGAAGAACAAAGACCUUCAGCUGAUAAUACUUCGCUCCAAAAAAUAGCAGUGGCUGAAAAGACAUUCCAGCUGCCCGCUUUCUUUAGUGGACUACGUGUGAGGAAAAAGGGACUAACCACAGAGGAUGGGGAAAUUGUUACAGAAAUUAAACCAAGGGAUAAUGAUUUAGCUCUGCUUAAAUUACGACAGCCUGUUAAGAAAUCCAGUAUUACAUCAGGUUUGACCACUAAAAAGAAGUCUGGUGAACUUAAAGCAAGUCCUACUUUCCUGGAACAGCUCUCGCACUUGUUAAACAUAGACGUCUCCAAGAAUGAAGAUAGAACCCAGGGCUCUGGUGAGAGAUCCGGGGAGACUGAGGACAGUGAUGAAGCUCAAGAGAGCAAAGCCUCCAGCAAAACCGAACCACGAUUUUCCUCUGAGGAAAUAAAAUCAAGCCCUGCUGAAUCUGCGCUGGACGUCUUUAAAGCUUUAUUCACACGACCUCCCAAAAAAGAAACAACGGCAGAUACUUCAGAGCUGGAAGCCAUAAAACGCAAAAUGAGAACUGAAAAAGAGUCCUUGAAAGCUGUAUUUGAAAGGUCAAAAUCAAAACCUGGGGAUGGACCAUCAGACAAAUCUCCUGACCUGAGUCCUUCAGAGCAAGAUGACAAGACUCCAGGGAGACUCCAGACUGUCUGGCCACCACCCAAAGCAAAGCAUGAAGAAGUAAAAGUAGGAUUAAAGUACACAGAAGCAGAGUACCAAGCUGCCAUUUUGCAUUUAAAGAGGGAACACAAAGAAGAAAUUGAAACAUUAAAGUCUCAGUUUGAACUCAGGGUAUUCCAUAUUCGUGGAGAACACGCUGUAUCAACAGCUCAGCUUGAGGAUAUAAUUGCACAUUUGAAGAAUGAACUUGAUAAUAAAUUAAAUAGAAGAAAUGAAAAAGCAAAGGAUAUUGGUGUUUCUACUGAAGAUGAUAACCCACCAAAGUCAUACCGAAAUGUAUGUAUACAGACUGACAGAGAAACUUUCAUAAAGCCUAGUGAAGAAGAAAACAGAGCUGUGAAAAAUAACCAAAUAGUACCCAAAAAGCUUAAUAUUUCUUCUUUGUCACAUAGUAUUUCUGCCCAAAGUGAAAAUAAGGACAAUUAUAAUGUACAGUCUUCAGAAAAUGUAUUAUUUUGUCAACCAAAACAAAUGCUGCCGCCUCCUCCUCCACCACCACCACCUCCUCCCCUUCCUGAUUCUUCACUACCAGGCUUAGUUCCUCCACCACCACCUUUGCCAAUGGGUCUGACUUCACAGACAUCUCAGUUUGGAUCUGGUGCACCACUGCCACCUCCACUUUCUGAAGGCUGUAGGAAUUUUCAAGCACCACCACCACCACCUCUUCCAGGGUUGGGACCUCCUGUUCCUCCUCCAUUGCCUGGAUCUGGGUUACCUCCACCCCCUCCACCUCCUGGGCCUGGGUUAUUUUUUAAUAGCACUUUAUCUUCAAACCAAGGUCCUCGAAAACCUGCCAUUGAACCUAGCCGUCCCAUGAAGCCUUUGUAUUGGACACGGAUACAAUUACAAGGCAGAAGGAAAACUGCUAUGCCAACAUUAUGGGAAUCACUAGAAGAACCUGAUAUACUUGAUACUACUGAGUUUGAAUAUUUAUUUUCCAAAGACACCACUCAGGAAAAAAGAAAACCAUUAUCAGAGACUUACGAAAAAAAAAACAAGGCAAAAAAGAUUAUCAAAUUGUUGGAUGGAAAACGGUCUCAAACUGUAGGAAUUUUAAUAUCCAGUUUGCACCUGGAGAUGAAGGAUAUUCAACAAGCUAUACUGUGUGUUGAUGACUCCAUAGUAGAUCUGGAAACACUGGAAGCACUAUAUGAAAAUAGAGCACAGAAGGAUGAGCUGGAGAAAAUUAAGCAAUACUAUCAGACUUCAAAAGAGGAGGAACUGAAGCUUCUGGAUAAACCAGAGCAAUUUUUAUAUGAGUUAUCUCAGAUCCCCAACUUCACAGAACGAGCUCAGUGUAUUAUCUUCCAGUCAGUUUUCUCUGAAGGAAUAACAGCAGUGCAUCGGAAAGUUGACAUCAUAACUCGUGUUUCUAAGGCUUUGCUGAACAUGACAAGUGUAAAGGAAAUUUUAGGUUUGAUUCUGGCUUUUGGAAAUUACAUGAAUGGCGGGAAUACGACCCGAGGUCAAGCUGAUGGAUUUGGUUUGGAAAUACUCCCCAAACUAAAGGAUGUCAAAAGCAGAGAUAGUGGCAUUAAUCUUGUGGAUUAUGUCGUCAUAUAUUACCUACGCCAUUGUGAUAAGGAAGCAGGAACAGACAGGAGUAUUUUUCCUUUACCAGAACCACAGGAUUUUUUCCAGGCCUCCCAAGUUAAGUUUGAAGACCUAAUAAAAGAUUUAAGGAAACUGAAGCGAGAUCUAGAAGCCUCUGAAAAGCAGAUGAAGUUAGUUUGCAGAGAGUCUUCCGAACAACAUCUCCAGCCCUUCAAGGAGAAAUUAGAGGAAUUCUUUCAGAAAGCUAAAGAAGAACGUGAAAAGGAGGAGAGCAGUUUGGAAAAUGCACAAAAAUGCUUUGAAGAGACAGUGGGAUACUUUGGUAUAAAGCCAAAGCCUGGUGAGAAGGAGAUCACACCAAACUACGUUUUCACGGUGUGGUACGAAUUCUGCAGUGACUUCAAGACCAUUUGGAAACGAGAGAGCAAAAGCAUUUCCAAGGAACGAAUUAAAAUGGCUCAGCAAUCAGUAAGCAAGUUAACUGCAGAGAAGAAAGUUGAAACAAAGAAAAUCAAUCCUACAGCUAGCCUGAAAGAAAGACUACGUCAGAAGGAAGCCAAUGUGACUGCCAACUGAGAGAAGAUUAAAAUGAUAGUGUGACUUCAUACCUUGCAUGAUACUUUACUACACCCAUGGCCCAGGGAGCACCUUGUGUUAGAUACUGAAUUCUGCUUUGCUGCUCUGUUUGAAGACAAUCCACUGAAGACUUCUCAGUUCUUUCAGAGGGGUCUUUAUGUUGGAAGUAAAAAUUAUUUUCUGUAACUCUUCCUUACAUUGCUUAAAAUGCAUCUGAUUGUUAAUGGCUAUUUAAAGUACUCUGUGCAUAAUGCAUUAAUAUGGAAGAGUUAAGGAUUUUGGAUGCUGAGUUAAGUAAUGACUAACAACCUGUAGGUUAUUUACAGGGCUUUGUGUAGGUGAGAGCAAAUAUGCCAUUCAACUCACAGAAGACGAUUACAUAAUACUUUUUGUUACUUCAUCAGGAACUGAGCUAAAAUUGACUGAUCCUAAGUAAUUUUACAGUGUCUAAUUAUUGGAAAUAUCUUUCUAAAACUGACUAAAUGUAAUUAUAGAUGUAUGCUGUAUUUUACUACAAAUAAUUUUAUAAAGGCUUCAGCUUAUGCCAUACAUUGAAAUGGAAACAAUAUUUUGCACAUGAAAAGGAUUAGCUUCAAAUUCUUUAGUUUUAUGACUGAUGGCAUAACUGAUUCACUAUUUUUAUGGUUUUAACCUAACAUUUCCUAAAUUUUGAGCUUCAAAAGAAAAAUUAUAAAAAUGUAUAUUUUUAUUUCAGCAUAUAUAAAAAAUAUCAACUCAAUUAAGUGAUGGGUUUAUUAGUCAUUAUACAGUGAACUAGAAUACAACAACAUGUCUCCAUGAAGUUACACAUUUGCCACUAAAUCUCUGGCUUCCAAUUAUAUGGAAAGCUUUUUUUAAAGCAGUGAAUAUCUCACUGUAAAAUACAUUAUGGAGCCUGCUUUUGUCCCCCUAUAUUUCUAUGAAGAAUGUUUCCAGCAUAUGUAUCUAUAUAUCUAUAUAUAGAGAGAGAUAUAUACAAAUUUAAUAAGUAAAACUUGAGCAAGAAAUAAAAGAGUCUCUUUCUCCUCCUGUAACAUUAUAACCAUUGCUGGUAAAGUAGCAAAGCCUGAAAAAAGCCCUACAGAAUAUCCACUGUUGCUUGCAGCUUCUUACUACAUUUUAUGGAUUUUAAUUCAUAGAAGGAGAGAUCUUGAAGCAGAAGUUAAUUUAAGGUAAAACAGAACAGUGAUUAUUAAAUAGAAGUACGUAAUGGCCUAAGAAAAGGAACAAAAACUGAAGAAAACAUGCUUCUGCUUGCUGUCCGUAAGAGAGAGAAUGAAAAUGGUGUCUGAAGUUGGUUACAAAGAUAAAUUAGGUGAAGCAAAAAAGUACAAAAGGUGGUACGGGAAGGCAUUAGUCCUUUGCUUAAAGGCUGGAAGGAGCAUACAUGAGGCAGACAUGGGUUAUCCAUACAGCAGAUUAGACAGAGAAACUGUGAUGAAACCUAAGGAGAACUCAUCCCUAGAACUGUACACUUAUUGAGGAAAACAGCAUUUGUGGAGACCUCCAUUCAUUAAUUAACUUGAACUUUUCAUAUACUUCAGGUUUCUUGAAUAAUAUCUCUCCCAGUCCUGCAUAAAUAAAAAUAAAGGCGUCAAGAUUCUCAUGUAUGUUUUUGAGUUUCUAGAUGCUGCAGAUAUACAAGAUGUGUAAGCAUAAUUCUUACCAGUUAAGAAUAUACCAGCAAAAUAAUCUGAUUUGUAGUUUGACUAUUCCCAUUGCAGAGAAAUAAAUUCCAAAGAUACAGGUUUUUUGUCUUCCACUAAAUAGGUAAAGUACAUUUGUUUCCAAUGUUAUUAGUGAUAAUCAACAACAAGAGCAAUAAUGCUUAUAAAAGCCAAAGAACAACAGCAAGCAAGGCAAUUCUGAUGAGUGUUUAAACAAACAAGUGUUGAGUUUUGAUAGGUUUUCUAUCUAUCAUGGAAACAGUGUAUAUUGCCAUUUGACUCUAUCAGGAAUUUCUCAAUGAAAUGUUUUACUUGAAAUGUUUAUCAACAAGAUUUUUUUUCAUAGUUUGUGAAAAAGGAUUGGUCUUUAAAAUUCUCAUUAGAAAAAUAUUAUGGAAAAAAAGUUUUUAAAUUAUUGAAAUAUCCUGUUUCAAAAUUUCUAAAUGUGAAGUUUGUUUUUCAGUUCAAAUUGACUUUUCAUUUUGAAAUGUUGAAAAAUGUACAUAAAAAGGGAUUAAAAUUAAAGUUACUGAUAUAAAGCA